GGAGUUGAGUGACACCACAGCAGGCAUAUCAAUGCACAUAAAUUGGCUACUCAGACCCUUAUUGCUCGUCACUUCCGGCAACAGCAUAGCUGACGAACUUAACUUGGCUUCAGGGCCCUCUGCCUCCGUAUAUAUCGAAAAGGCGUUUGCACCCGCUCAAAAUCCAAAUACGCAAAUGGGCAUCUAUGACCGCCGCAGACCGGUUGUAAUCUGGCAUGGACUUGGCGACAACUACAACUCGUCCGGGAUUCGGCACAUGGAAGAACUCAUUGGACAGUUUCACCCGGAGGUGGAGGUUUACCGCAUCAGACUUGACAAUGAUCUGUCUAAAGAUGAACAGAGCUCGCUAGUAGGGGAUAUGAACAAGAAUAUUCAAAGUGUUUGCGAGCAGAUCGGCAACAUGCUGGAGUUGGUGGAUGGGUUUGAUGGCCUUGGAAACUCACAAGGAGGCCUUUUUCUUCGGGCUCUUCACGAGCGGUGUGAUGCGGUUAAUAUCCACAAUCUCGUGACGUUUGGGUCUCCACACAUGGGGGUGAUGGACCUACCACUAUGCUCAGAUCCCCAUGACUGGGUGUGUCGCCAGCGGAACAACCUCCUUAAGAAACAGGUGUGGUUUUCUUCAGUGCAACACUCGGUGAUACCCGCCCAGUACUUCAGAGAUCCCUACGACCUUGAAAAAUAUAUGAAGUACUCGAGUUUCCUCGCAGAUAUCAACAAUGAACUGCUUGAAACCUAUCACUCCAAGUACACACAGAAGAUGCGGCAGUUGAAUAAGUUUGUAUUGGUCCAGUUCCUCGAUGACACCACGGUUGUCCCGAAGACGUCUGCCCAGUUUGGAGAUAUCGACAGGGAUACUGGAGCGGUGAUUCCUUUAAGGUUCACAGACAUGUACAAGUACGAUGUGCUUGGGUUGAAGACUCUCGACAAAAAGGGGGCCUUGGAGCUUUUGGAUCUCGAAGGCCCACACAUGCAACUUACCGACCCGUUCUUGGUGAACAUCAUUAAUGACUACUUGGGCAGUAAAUUUUAGUAUAUCUUAUAUAUGGCCUUUAUGAAGUAUUUUUGCAGC